AUGGUGGCAGCUCACCUUUCUACAGUUGAACAACGCUGUACCCAUCUAUUCAGCAUGAAGUAUUUGCCUUGUACCGAACCCUCCCACUGUUCUACCGAUCGACGGUGGCUGAUAGUCGUCCUUCCCCGUACCUGGCUUGGAUCCGAAGAAGAAAAAAAGGGGAAAAAGCAACAAUCUUCCUCUUUUUUUGGUCGGUUCCUGAGAGCAAAAGUUGGUUUUCUUCUUUUGUCACCAGCCAUGAGUUCAACCACGGAUCAGCAGAUUAAGAUGAACAGGUACUCCAACUAUGAAGUCAUCAGUCCUGCUAUAAAAGAAUAA